GCCGCCGCGAGGGCCGCGCCGGGGCUGAGCCGCGCGGGCGGGCGGGCGGAGGCGCACGCCGGCCGCUGGAGCUCCGGUCGCCGCGCAGCCCGCGUGCGGCUGCCGCCGUGCGCCGAGCCAGCUCCCGCCGCUUUGUGGUCUGCAGGCCGCCGGCACCAUGCAUGCUGCGCCCGGGUCCGCGGGCCCCGGCGACGCGCGCGCGGUUGCGAUCAUGGACAUCUGUGAGUCAAUCCUGGAGCGGAAGCGGCCUGACAGCGAGAGGUCCUCGUGCAGCAUCUUGGAGCAGACAGACAUCGAAGCUGUUGAGGCUCUUGUUUGCAUGAGCUCCUGGGGUCAGAGAGCCCAGAGAGGUGACCUGUUAAAGCUGAGGCCCCUCACGCCCAUCUCCGACUCUGGGGACGUCAGCAGCGGCGUGCUUAUGGAUGCCGCUGUACCUGAGCUGCCAAAGGACUUCCAUUCCUUCUCCACUCUGUGCAUAACUCCUCCUCAGAGCCCGGAGCUCACGGAGCCGUCCACUGGGGCACCUGCUCCCUCCCACGAACCAGAUGCCAAAGCGCCCUCCCCUGUGGUGACGUCAGUGCUGGGCGGGAGCGAGGAGGGCUCCCUGGAGCCCGCCCCCAGCCCGCCGUGCAGGGCCCUGGCCGCCAGUGUGAUCCGCCACACUGGGCAGAGUCCGGCCCCUGCCCGCCUUCCUGCCACCCAGGCCCAAGAGCCACCGCCGUCCGCCAGCAGAGAGGGAGCGGCGCAGUGUGGGGGGCGUCCGGAACAUUCUGGGGCUUUGGAGGAUGUGCACCUUGCCGCAGGUGUCCUUUCCUGUCAGCCUCACUUGCACAGACCCGAGGGCCCGCUCCCCGCCGACCAAGGCCUGCAGGCACGGUGGCCCGCCGCAGCGCAGGCCUGCUCACCAAAGAAGCUGAACACUGACUUGCCGCGGAAAAGCACCCCAGUGGUUUCCGUCCCUGUCUCCAGCCCCCCUGUCCUUUGCCAGAUGAUCCCCAUGACCGGACCCAGCGCCGUGCUGUCGGCCAUCCUGAAGCCCCCUCUCCUGCCCUCCCCAGGGACCGUGAAGCCACUCCUCCCCCAGGCCGCGCCUGCGCCUCCCCAGGUGCUCGUGGGCCCGCCCGUGCCUCAGGGAACUGUGAUGCUGCUGCUGCCGCCGCAGGGCACCCUCCCCCAGCCCGCCGCCUGCCCGCCCAGCGUCUGCCCGCCCAGCGUCGUGGCUAUUGGCAACACCAAGUUGCUGCCCCUGGCCCCGGCUCCAGUGUUCAUUGCCUCCAGCCAAAACUGUGCCCCUCAGGUAGACUUUUCCCGAAGGAGGAACUACAUCUGCAGCUUCCCAGGCUGCCGGAAGACCUACUUCAAAAGCUCCCACCUCAAGGCGCACCUCCGCACCCACACGGGGGAGAAGCCCUUCACCUGCGGCUGGGACGGCUGCGACAAAAAGUUCGCGCGCUCCGACGAGCUGUCCCGCCACCGCAGAACCCACACGGGGGAGAAGAAGUUCGCGUGCCCCAUCUGCGAGCGGCGCUUCAUGCGCAGCGACCACCUGACCAAGCACGCCCGGCGCCACGUCACCACCAAGAAGAUCCCGGGCUGGCAGGCGGAGGUGGGCAAGCUGGGCAGGGCCGCCUCGGCGGGGCGCCCCGGGAGCCCCCCGGCCCCCGUGCCCGCCUCUGCCUGAGAGACACACCCCCCACCCCACCCCCGGCCGGCGUGGGGCGCCCACAGCUCUUUUCAGGAAUGACCCCCGGGCCGCUCGGAGGAGGUGGGUCGCUGGCUUUCUGGCUAGCGCCCGUUCUGUGUCUUUAGUGGUUUAAGAAGGGUUUGGCUUUGUUUCGCUCUUUCAAGGAAAUGGAAGGAAAUCUGAGUCGCAAUCACCAGCAUUCAAGCAAACAUUUCGGCAAUAAGAGUUUACACAUUUUGGAUUAUUUGCAACCUUUCUAUUCAUGUUUUGUAGAAACGAGACAGGGUACUAAUUUUUAUACUUUUUUAUAAAAAUAUUUAUAUUGUCGGUGCUCCAGUCACCAGUUUCUAGAUAGAUGAUUUUACAGGCUUCUUUGCGGUGUUUGGUAACAGUGGCUUAGAAUGACCCCACUUUUAGUAAGCUCGGAGCAUUGUUCGCAAGUUCGAGGUCCUCAUAGACCUCCAAACGUUGUGGAGUCCUAGCUGGUGAGUGAAGGCCUCUUACAGGGGAAGACGGUUUCCCAGCGAGCUUCCUCGGAGCGUUCGCUAGAGAAAUCCCUUGCCGCCGUCCUGCAGCCCAAGGAACAGACGUUCUCGUGGUUAGAACGUGUUGCCCGUGUCCGGGGUGCAGUCGGCGAGGGCCCGAGGGGCCUCAGGUCCCCGACCAGCUGGGAGCAGCUGUGGGCCGGGCCUGGCAGGGCCGCUGGCCGGCAUGGAGCCGGGAGCAAACUUCUGCCUGUGCCAACGUGCCAGGAAGAAUGUAGGUGCUCCGAGUCGGCGGCUCGCCCCGCGCUGGGCUGGCUUGUCCAUGUUGCCUUCCCAUGCGAGCAGCGACUGCGCAGAGAAGGAAGUGUCUCCUCCGUUCCUGACGUUCUCACCAAAGCCCCGCGCAUCUGAAGAGAGGCCACGCGCACGAGGUGCCGCUGAGGGGUAGAGUCCUUUAUGCAGCGUGAGGAGCCAGGGGAAAUGACUCGGUCAUGGCCAGGCCACCUCCCUGCCCGUAAAUUCACUUGAUAGGAGGAAGGCAUCUGGAUCGAGUGAACUUCCCGAGGGGGGGUUGCAGUCCACCCGGACAGGCAGCGCCGGAGCCUGCGAGCCCGACUGCAAGUGCAACAGACGUACACCAAAAAAGGGACUGUACCACUAUUGAUAGGGGUAGCCUGGGAAUCCGUGUGUGCGUGCGUGUAUGUGCAGUAUGCAUUGAUUUUAUAUUUGCCUUUGAGUUAUUGGCAAGGAGAAGUAUUGGAUAAUUAAGUAAAAUUAGGUUUUAUGUUCAGGUCUUUGUAACCCUUACCUGAUGUCCCCUUCAUAUCAACAGCCUGUCACCGUGUAUGUGUAUGUGUGUGGCUGUGGAUGGAUGGAUGGAUGGAUGAGGACAUUUUCACACUUUUGGACUGUUCAGAGUGGAAUGUUCCUGUUGAGCUACGCAGGUGCAAUGCAGGAGAAUCAUACAUGACAGUGUCACUGGACGUGACCUAGCCCGUGCCCCCUUUGCCUGGCCCCUCCCCGUCCUGUCAGCGGAAGCACUUGUGUGUGCGUGUGUGUGUGCGCGUGUGUGCGUUCUGCAUGGCAUCGGCUCUGGACACGAAGCCCUGCCCUGCCGCUGCUCCGGUGGGUAAUGGAGGUCUUUGUGUGUUUGCUGUUAGUUGUGCAGCACUUGGUUCUCUGAACAGUGUACUUUCUACAGAAGAGAGAUGUUGGAAUGGCUUUAAUUUAAGCUUCCAUUUCCUGUUUAGACUUAGAAAGGCCUCUGUAAAAGACACACCCCCCCUUCCUGCUUGUCUGAGAGACAGCUCUGUGCGGUCCCGUCGGAGAAGCCAGUGGCCGCCGCGGGAGGCAGCCCGUGCACUUUAUUGCUUGAGUGAUCUUGCUUGAUCUUUGACUUUGAGCCUUUUCAGUAGAUUCAGUCAUCAAAUUUAAAUGUUUCAUAAUUAUGUUUUAUGUAACGGACACUAUUUAAGUGCGUAUGUGUGAUGUAACGUUUUUCUUUGGAUCACAUAAAGCUUUCUUGAUUC